AUGAUGGUGCUUCCCUGGGAAAGAUCAGAAGCAAUGUUGGAUACGUCACUCAGGAUGACAUCAUGUACGAAACUUGUCUGCUUGUUGGGCCCACUUAGGCCCAUUCAGCUCAUUCAGCUUUGUUUGAAAUGUGGGGGACAAGUGUGUGAAACCUUGACACCUCGGGAGAACUUGAUGUUUGCAGCUGCUUUCAUUCUACCAAAACUAGACAAAGAGAAGCGCUCCCUGGUGGUGGAAGGUGUCAUCGAGAAGUUGAACCUGAAGAAAUGUUGCAACACGGUGGUGGGUUCCCCAGGACUCGUCCGUGGCAUCUCUGGUGGUGAGAGGAAGCGCACCAAUGUGGCGCUGUCCUUGAAUCCUACCCUGCUCUUGCUGGACGAGCCCACCAGUGGAUUGGACUCCAAAAUGUCUGACUCCCUGAUGCGCGAUGUGAAGCAAAUUGGGGAGCAGGGUUGCACUGAAGCUGUCUUCGCCCGAUUUGACAAAGUCCUCCUCCUGGAAACUGGACGUGUGGCCUACUAUGGUGAGGUCAAAAGCCUCAGGGGGUGCUUGAAGCAGUUGGGAAUCCCACUGCCUGAGCUGCUCUUGGAUGUGCUCGAGAUACCCGGCGACGAAGCUGAGAAAGAAGCUCAUGUUGGCAAGUUGAAGGAGCUGAAGCAGCUCUCUGACAAGGCCUCCGGCGCAGACCAUGGCAGUCCUACCAAGUCGGAAGCUCCGGUGAAGCGUGCGGGGCCUUGCCGUCAGUUGGCAAUUCUGUUCCAACGGGAAUUGGUCAAUGUGAAGCGGAACAAGGCCCUCACGGUGGUGCGAUCGGUGCAGUCCAUCGCGUCGGCCUUGUUGAUUGGUUUAAUCUUUCUGCAGCUGGAACGCAACAUGUCCAGUCUCUCGCCACGUCUCUUCUCCAGUUUCCUCCUGGUGUUUGCCCAGUUUAUGUUUGCCUUGUUGGGUGUGGUCAAUGCAUUCCCUGCGGAGCGGGCCGUCUUCCUGCGCGAGACGCAAGACAAGCUUUAUCAUCCAGCGGCGUUCUACUUGGCAAAGGAUACCAUCAUGCAGUGCGCGUUUCCAAUUCUGGUGGUAGCGAUCAGCUACCCGCUCAUUGGCUUGAACGGUGAGAGUGCUGACCGCGUUCUCAUUUUCUACUUCAUCAUGGCGGUGGUGUCGAACUGUGGUGCUGCUGUUGGGUUUUGCGUCUCAGCAGCUGUGCCUAGCGUGAAUUUGGCUUUGUCUAUUGCGCCAGCUUUGGUGAUGCCACAGCUCUUGCUGGGAGGGCUUUUCAUCAAGAUCGAAGACUUGUAUCAGCCCUUCAAUGCUAUCAGCUACCUCAUGGUGGCACGCUACGCAGUGCAAGCUACCGUGGUGAACGAGUUUACCUGUUCCGAGAAAACGGAGUGCAACGCUGCAGUGUGGCGCAUCAGUUCCCCAGAUCUCUGUGACGAUUCUCCUUGCGAUUUCUGUUGCACGGCCCAUGAGAUGAUGGCUUCAGGCGGCAUUUGCCCAGUGUUGACCUGUGAUCAGGGCAUUGCUUCUCUUGGCAUGGACGAAAUUUGGCCCAUGGGCGAGACUCAUGUGGAAACCAUUUUCUACAACAUCAUCGCGUUGCUGGUGCUGAUGUUUCUGUUCCGCUUGCAGGGAUUGAACAUUUUGAUGAUCAGUUAUCGGCGAGCCACCACGGGCAGGUGCUUGCCAAGCUGCAAGUCAGAGUAG